AUGUAUCCAUUUGAUUCGCGGAUCAUUUUUAACCAACUCGCGGACUACCGGGAUCCAUUGGAAACCACUAGUAUAGGGGACAUUCGUUGGACAGUUGUUACUUCUGACAUAUCGAACGCUGAAGAGAAUCGUGAAAAUUUAAUAUUUUGCGAUUUCCUGCCAGCCAAAUGGUAUCAGUUGCGUAUAUCAGCUACGAACGAUGCUGGCAAAACCACCGAACAUUACCACUUUUCCACAACGAAUCUGGAUGGUGUAACUAUUCCACCACCUUCAGUUUUCCCAUCGGAAAAUGAUUUGAUGAACAAUCUGAUAAAUGCGACAAAUCCCACCAACGGUGAUUGGUUCUCAACGUUAAUAGUAAUUGUCAUUAUAACCGUGGCCAUUAUCACAAUUGCUUUAACAAUUAAGCAUAGACGAACAUUGUGCGGUCCAAUGGCCGAGGGAUACGAGUCAAGAGCUCUGCCGGGUGAUUACAAAGAAGACCACGACAAUCGACGCAAUCAGCAAGUGUACAGUGCAUCACCUGUAAAGACAGUAGACAAGGCAAAUGAAUCAGAAAUGUAUGAGAUAUCGCCAUAUGCAACAUUUAGUGUAAAUGGUGGGCGUACAGGUGCACCAGCUAAAACACCACCCUCUCGUGGUGUUACUGCAACUCCAUUGGAUUAUACAAUGCAAUUCAAAACAUUUGGUCAUCCCGAAGGAGACAAUCUUAAUGCAACUGCAUAUCCACUUUUGCCAAGCUCUGGUUUUGGACAUGUAAAAUCAAAAUCUAGUUGGCAUAAGCAACGUUAUUUCAAUACAGAUGAUGAAUCUACACUUUCUAAAUCGAUGACAAUGGUAGCGGGUUCACAGUCAGGACAUUCUAAGAAAUCAACACGAAAUGAUGGUAGUCGUGGAAAUAAAAGUAAUAGCAGCAGUAGUGGUGGCGCUAAUGCAGAUGGACAUUGUGAAUCGGAGUCCGAUACUAGUAUUAGUCCUAGCACUGAGUUCUCUAAUAUGCCUACGUAUAGAGUUCCUUGUAAGUCAACGCGUGGCAAUGAUGGACGUGUUGCAGUAGAUAUGUUUCGACCUGACUCGAGUACGGAGUCUAAUAAUGAUCAGGCUUCACCUGUAGAGAGACGCAUCAAUACUCCGCGUCAUAUUGGCAAUAACAGUGGUAGCAGUGGCAAUAGCGGUAUUCUCGUUAGUGGUGGAAAUGGCGGUCCAACUGCUGUUAUUGUAGAUAAACGAGGUCAUCGCAGUCGCAAAACAUUGUCAACGAAAGACAACCAUUCCUUGGAUAGGCGAUUGUGCCCCGGAAGUAACAACAGUUUAGACAGUGAGGUUAACUCCGACACAGCGGCCUCAUUGGCUGCCACCAUUGUAGCGGCCGGAGCUGGGGAUUUGGGUUUUCGUCCACCGUCGGGUUUUACAGAUUCACGUGAAUUUAGCGAAGCGGAUUUAGACUUGGAAGUGCAACGUGUAAUGGAAAACACCGACGGACAAUUGGCUAAAAUGGAUAGGGAGGAAUUAACUUCACUGUUGGCAAGGUAUCAUGAGAAGAAGGAACAGGAGCGGCAAGAAUAUACAAUACAUGUUUGAAAAUAAA